UUGGCUAGUUUCGGGCAUCAGCAACGUGAUUGGCUCUUUCUAAGCAGGUCUGUUGAGUGCAUUUUGAAAAGUUGUUUAACAGUGUGGUCUUAAAUUAACACUUGUAUUUAUUUUUGUGAGUUUAAUAAACUUCAUUUUUCUAACACAUCGGUUUUAUAUUUGUUAGAAAUGGAUUUAGAUGAUAUAAAUUGUCCUCAGUUCAUCCGCUUCAGCACAGAAUCUUUUCAGAAUUCUUUACUGAAUUAUGAUCAAAGUGAUUCAGACAUGUCAGCCGAAUCAAUGAAUCAAGAAUUAGAAGGUGAUUUGACACUUGCAGAAGACGAAGCGUCAUUAGUUGAGCCAAGUGAGGAAGAGUUUCCGGUGCAUACUCGAACUACAAGGAGUGGAGCAUCAAAGAGGAAAACGGAUGUUACCAUUCCAAAACCCUUUCAUUUUCAAACUAAUAACAGAUUGAAAAACAAGGAUGCUGUCAUUUCAGUUAAAGAAGAAAAAGAUUUUGCAUCUCAACUCAGGCAACAUGCAACAACUCAGGCAUCUCAUGCAGCAACUUGUGGUGUUACCAAAGUUAAGGCUUUCAAUUUAACAGAGAGUAAAAGCAAAAAAGAAGAAGGAUCUUAUGUACCCCUUGCAGAGCAAAUUAGGAAAUUCCAGAAAACUCCAGAACGUUACCAUUCUUCAGCAAACAAAGAAUUUCAGCCACAGAAGCAUUGGUCACCGCCGAAAUUAAGACCAAGGACACCAAAUCUUCGAGCUGUUAAGAGGCAUCGUACUAUUUAUACUUUAAGCAGAGAACAAGAAGAGGAAAAACAACUUGAAGAAAUUAAAGCGUAUGAGUUUCAUGCACAUCCAAUUGAUCCCAGAGUAUAUAAACCAGAUAUCAUUGUGAAGGAGAAAGAGAAAAAAUCCACUAAGCCAAUGAAUUUUGAUCUGAAAACUUCUCAAAGAGCUGCUGCUGUUGAUCAAUCAAUCUAUAAAGAGUCUAACACAUCAUAUGAAUUCAAAGCUCGUCCUGUUCCAAAGAGUAUACUUCUUGGUCCUACAGGUUUAGGUGAAAAACCAGAAAUUAAAAUAACAGAGCCUAUUUCACCUGCAUUCUGCACUAGAAAAAGAGUUGAAAAACGAAAGUUAUUAGAGGAACAGGAUGACAAAACUAGUGCCAAAAAAGGAAAAAUUACUGAAUCAAGUAAGCCUAAGGAAAACCGAACUAAAAAGAGCAAGCAAAAACCGAAAUUAGUUCGACCUGUUCCCACUCAGAUAAAGCCUUUUAGUUUUGAUGAUGCAGACAAGAAAAGAUUUACUUUAAAAGAUAAGAAAAUACGGGAAGAAAUAGAAAAAGAAAACAAGCCUUAUAUUUUUAAAGCUCAACUUUUGCCAGAUCCAAAUGUUUCAGGGUUACCAAAAGUACAGAAAAAGCCAGCAACAGAACCACAGCCAUUCAACUUUGUCUUGGAUACUCGUAAUUUAACUCGUGAUACGAGCUGUAGCUUCAAAGAAAAUAGCAUAUCUUUUAAGGCCAAUCCAGCAACAGUAUUGAAAAAGGAGCCUUUUGUCCCAGAAAAAGAACAUAAACAUACAGCAGAGUUUAAGGAAUUUGAGUUGAGUACAGGUAGACGAGCAUCUGAAAGAUUGAAGUUGCAGAUCCAAAAAGAAGCCGAAGAACAAGAGAAUGAGAAGAUACGCCUUGCUCGUCAAGCAUUAGAAGAAGAGAAAGAACGCAAAGAAAUCCUUAGAUUGAGGCAAGAGCUUGUUCAUAAAGCUAACCCUGUACGACAAUAUAAAGUUGUGGAAAUCAAACACAGUGAAAAGCAGUUAACGGAACCAAAGUCGCCGCAGUUUGAAACUAAUAAAAGAUUGAAAGUCAGAAAUAAGGAUUGAAAUGUAUAUAAUUUACGAUGCAUUUUAUACAAUUUUUAAACUAUUAAUUACUAUAUUUUGUAUAAUGUUGCAAAUGUUUUGAUCAUUUAAGUGUUUUUUGUUUUUUUAGCUAUUGUAUCAUUUAUGUCUUAUUAAGUGCUAUAUUAUCAAUUUCUUGUGUGUGUGUAUAUUUUAUAAAUAGUUUUAAAAUACUUGGUUCUCUAAUGUACUUGUAGUUUUAUUGUGAAGGAAGAAAUAAAAUGAUUUUUAAACAUU